CCCGCAGAAGAAGGAAAGUCCCUCUGGGAGUUGGUGCUGGAGCAGUUUGAAGAUCUCCUCGUCCGCAUCCUUUUGAUGGCAGCUUUUCUGUCAUUCAUCCUGGCCUGGUUUGAAGAAGGAGAGGAGACCACGACGGCGUUCGUGGAGCCCAUUGUCAUUAUUAUGAUCCUGAUCGCCAACGCCGUGGUGGGCGUGUGGCAGGAGAGAAAUGCUGAGAGUGCCAUCGAAGCCUUGAAGGAGUAUGAGCCGGAGAUGGGGAAGGUGAUCCGUGCCGACCGCAGUGGGGUGCAGCGGAUCCGUGCCCGGGACAUUGUCCCUGGGGACAUCGUGGAGGUGGCAGUUGGCGACAAGGUGCCAGCGGACAUCCGGAUCAUCGAAAUCCGGUCCACCACCCUGCGGGUCGACCAGUCCAUCCUCACAGGAGAGUCUGUGUCGGUGAUCAAACAUGCUGACCCUAUCCCUGACCCCCGGGCUGUCAACCAGGACAAGAAGAACAUGCUUUUCUCCGGCACCAACAUAGCAGCUGGGAAGGCUGUAGGGGUCGUCAUUGCGACAGGGGUGUACACCGAGAUUGGGAAGAUCCGAAAUCAGAUGGCAGAGACGGAGCCUGAGAAGACCCCCUUGCAGCAGAAGCUGGACGAGUUCAGCCAGCAGCUCUCCAAAGUGAUCUUCAUGGUGUGCAUUGCCGUCUGGGUCAUCAACGUCAGCCACUUCAGCGACCCCGUCCACGGUGGCUCCUGGUUUCGGGGAGCCAUCUACUAUUUCAAGAUUUCGGUGGCGCUGGCGGUGGGCCGCCAUUCCUUGCCGGCCGUCAUCACCACCUGCCUGGCGCUGGGGACGCGGCGCAUGGCCAAGAAGAAUGCCAUCGUCCGGAGCCUGCCCUCGGUGGAGACCCUGGGCUGCACCUCCGUCAUCUGCUCUGACAAGACUGGCACCCUCACCACCAACCAGAUGUCUGUCUGCCGGAUGUUCAUUAUGGAGAAGGUGGAGGGUGCCCAGUGCAGCCUGCACGAGUUCAGCAUCACCGGCUCCACCUACGCCCCCGAGGGACAGAUCCUGAAGGACGAGCAGCCGGUGCAGUGCGGGCAGUACGACGGGCUGGUGGAGCUGGCCACCAUCUGCGCCCUCUGCAAUGACUCCUCGCUGGACUACAACGAGUCCAAAAAAGUCUACGAGAAGGUGGGGGAAGCCACUGAAACAGCCCUGACGUGCCUGGUGGAGAAGAUGAACGUCUUCAACACUGACACCAGCAAACUCUCCAAGGUGGAGCGAGCCAACGCCUGCAAUUCGGUGAUCAAGCAGCUGAUGAGGAAGGAGUGCACCCUGGAGUUCUCCCGCGACCGCAAGUCCAUGUCUGUGUACUGCACACCCACCGGCCCUGGCCACAACUCCGCCAGCAGCAAGAUGUUCGUCAAGGGUGCCCCAGAAAGCGUGAUCGAGCGCUGCACCCAUGUCCGCGUGGGGACCGCCAGGGUCCCGCUGACGGCCCCGGUAAGGGAGAAGAUCCUGGGCAGGAUCCGGGACUGGGGCAUGGGCAUCGACACGCUGCGCUGCCUGGCCCUGGCCACCCACGACGCGCCUGUCCGCAGGGAGACCAUGCAGCUGCACGACUCUGCUGCCUUUGUCCACUAUGAGAACAACCUGACCUUCGUGGGCUGCGUGGGGAUGCUGGACCCUCCCCGCAAGGAGGUCACCUCCUCCAUUGAGAUGUGCCGCAAGGCCGGCAUCCGCGUCAUCAUGAUCACCGGAGACAACAAGGGCACAGCGGUGGCCAUCUGCCGCAGGAUUGGCAUCUUCUCAGAGAGCGAGGAUGUGGCCGGCAAAGCCUACACUGGCCGGGAGUUUGACGAACUGCCCCCCGAGACGCAGCGGCAGGCAUGCCGUGAUGCCCGAUGCUUCGCCCGCGUGGAGCCAGCACACAAGUCCCGCAUCGUCGAGUACCUCCAGUCCUUCCACGAGAUCACCGCCAUGACAGGCGACGGUGUCAACGAUGCCCCGGCCCUGAAGAAAGCCGAGAUCGGCAUCGCCAUGGGGUCAGGCACGGCCGUUGCCAAGUCGGCCGCCGAGAUGGUGCUCUCUGAUGACAACUUCUCCACCAUCGUGUCGGCUGUCGAGGAGGGCAGGGCCAUUUACAACAACAUGAAGCAGUUCAUCCGCUAUCUUAUCUCCUCCAACGUCGGGGAGGUCGUUUGCAUCUUCCUGACGGCCAUCCUGGGCUUGCCUGAGGCCCUCAUCCCCGUGCAGCUGCUGUGGGUGAACCUGGUGACGGACGGACUGCCGGCCACUGCGCUGGGCUUCAACCCCCCUGACCUGGACAUUAUGGACAAGCUGCCCCGCAACCCCAAGGAGCCCCUCAUCAGCGGCUGGCUCUUCUUCCGCUACUUGGCCAUCGGAGUGUACGUGGGCCUGGCCACGGUGGGCGCAGCGACCUGGUGGUUCUUGUACGAUGCCGAAGGACCGCAGGUCUCCUUCCAUCAGCUGAGGAACUUCAUGAGGUGCACCGAGGACAACCCCAUCUUUGAAGGAAUUGACUGUGAGAUCUUUGAGUCCAGAUACCCGACCACGAUGGCUCUGUCCGUGCUGGUGACCAUUGAAAUGUGUAAUGCUCUGAACAGUGUCUCUGAGAACCAGUCGCUGCUGCGGAUGCCACCGUGGCUCAACAUCUGGCUGCUGGGGGCCAUCGUCAUGUCCAUGGCUCUGCACUUCCUCAUCCUCUACGUCAAGCCCAUGCCUCUCAUCUUCCAGGUAACCCCCCUGAGCUGGCCGCAGUGGGUGGUUGUAAUGAAAAUCUCCCUGCCCGUUAUCCUGCUGGACGAAGGACUCAAGUACCUUUCCCGCAACCACCUGGAUGGCAUUCUCAGGACGGUAAGACACAUGUGGAGCGGGGAGCACCAGUUGAAAACCUGCAGGACUCCAGAGCAAGGGAGAAGAGGACAAGAAAUGAAUGACACGAAGGAAACGCUCCUAACUAAAGGAUCCCUAACUUGUAACUCGGACUGAAGUCUUGCAUGCGUGACCAUCGCUAGAAGCCAGCAGGACAUGCAUGUGUCCGACUAUCAGACAAAUGCGGGUGAAUUGUCGAAAAGAAAAAUACUGAUUUUGUUUUGUUUUGUAGCUUUCUUUUUCCUGUACAUAAGAGUGCAAUUACUGGACAGCUGGCGUAGGGUUUGGGGAUGGAGCUGUGUGGACCUGGGUCAUCGUAACGUGGUUCCUUGGUGAUUUGUUCCUGCAAAAUUUGAGACCCUCUUUCAAUUUUCACCCUGAUGGGUUGAGCUCAGGCAAGGUGUCCUUCACGGGAGAUCAAGGGGUGGGGGGGGGAGUCAGGAUUUUGGGCAAUACGCUGAGUGAGGGUGGGCAAUUGCAUCCCCCAGCGGGGUGGGAUGUGCAAGGGCAGCUCGUGGGGCCGGGAAGGGCUUGGUGGUGGGCGAGGGCAGGGGAGGGCACCAUGGGUUGGGGUCACUGACCCUCGAUGGUGUCUACGGUGUUGGUGGGCACAUUGCUGCGGCUGCUGCGCUCUGCUCCAGUGGCUGCAGUCCCCACAGGCUGCAGCAGCUGCAAAUAGCUUCAAGGGGUGACCACUGGUGGUGUGGAUCUCACAGAUAUGUGUUAACGCGUCGAGGCUGGGCGCGUGCGGUGGAAGGUGAAGUUCUCUCUAUUGAUCACACUGUCCAUUUGAUCCCUGUGUUGUGGAAAGCCCUGCACCUUUCCAGGCUCAUCCGACACCAAAGCGCAGCGUAGUCUUGCCUGUUCUCCCUCCGACGUCUUGUCAGAUCCCACCUGCACUGUUUAAGCUAUAGCCGUCUUCCUUGUAGGGGCAACCAUUUAAAGCAAAGCAUGGGGAUGACCAGCUUUGCAUUCCUCAUGUCUGUGCUUGCUCCUGGUCACACUUUCUGUACUCAGUUGAUUUUUAACUAUUUCCCUAGCAGGAGUAUAGCUUAAGUCCUCAGGAGCGUGUCCACGAGUUCGUGUCCUCUGCCUUGGAGGACAUUGCUGUCUUGCACAGGGCAUCCUUGACACCAGUGAUCUGCCUUUGAGACGGGAAUGAAUGUAUGCUUGUACAUAACGUAGUCCUUUUUCCUGAGUGGUGUUUGUCGCGGCGUCCCUUUUUAUAAGGCACCAACUUUAUUUUAUCCUCUUGGGAUUUUCCUGCAGCCGGAGUGACACAGGCUGCAGUGAGAGUUUGUGGAUCCAGUAAAUUGACCUUUCUCCAUGGAGCCGUGUCAGCUGAGGAGCUGAUAGCGGGUGGUUUCUUCUCCAGUUCUCAAAAUCCUCCCUCCUGUUUUCGUCAACGUUCCCCUGUGAUCCAUCCUGAUACUAUUUAGGUAGCCAGACCUUUCUCUUUCCUUUCUCUUAAAUUCCAGCAACAGCACUAGAGCCAGGAUUUUGGAUGGCAUUUUGCUCCUUUGCUGUUGGUUUUUUAUUAUUAUUAUUUUAUUUUUUGCCUCUUGCAAGCUUCCUGUGAUUUUCUGUUUCUCUUUACCUGGGCGAGAGCUACUCUUCCUCUGUACAGUAGGUGCCAAAUAUCAUCCUUCCUUUCUUUUUUCCAUCACCAGCAUUGAAGAUGAGCAGAGCCCCCAGACCAAUGGGAAUGUACAGAAUUGUUAUACUACUGAGCUGAUUUCAUUGUACAGAAAACCUUGCAUGAAAUGUUGUUACUGUAUUUAAUAUAUAAUGUAUUCAAGGAAUUUUAAUAUGGAGCUCUUUAAAAAGAUCUUUAUAGAUACUCUGUGGUUAGAAGGUUGUUGCUGAUUUUUUUUAAUGUUAUUAUACUUUAUCUUGAAGAAGUUUUAUUUUUCAAAUGUGUUAUGUCUAAAUGAUUUAAUUGGUGAUCCCAUGGGGCAACCAAUCCUCUUUAAAGAUUUUCACCAUGGAUGAGACUCACCCUGGUGCAGAGGACCAGGGCGUGACCCAGGUACUGCUUAAACCUUCAAAAUAAGGCUUCAGUAAAGACUAAUGCUAUAGACGUCUGAUUUGCCCUUCCCCCAAAGGGUAGAUAUCACCUUAUUUUAGUACAGAUGAUCUCCAUCUCUCUGUGUUGGGAAAGAAGCAGCGGGAUUUUAAUCCAGAACCAGCUUAGUGACUUCAGAGGAGAUUGCUUCUAUGUUUCUCUGUGGCUGCAAACCAAUUUGGGGGAGUUCGGACCUGAUUCGGAGCAUCCCAACCCCAAUCAUGGGGUCCAGUGGGGCUUUCAGCUACCCGAUGGCAUCUCCCUGGGACAUGGUGGCCUUGGGCCAUCAUGCCUGUGAGGACCUGCUUGGUCCAUGCGCUCUGUAUCACACCACCCGAGUUAAACUGGUUUCCUUCGGCUUAAGGUCUGGUGUAGGAUUGUGAAUUUUACCCAAAUACGUGUGGGAAAGUUUCUUGUGUGAAGGUCCCCACUGAGUACUGAAUAACGGACGGGAGUCUCUAAUGUAAGGAGACCUAAAAGGGAAAAAAA